AUGUUGGCCUCGUCACGCCAGCCUCGUCACGCGUUCGUUGAGCACCACCACCAGCUUUCCUCGUCCACCCUGCACCGGUCAGGCUCCCCACAGACGGGACCCUUACGCCAAGACGCGACCACCCCGACACUUGCAACGUCUGUAGGUCCAUCCAUGGAUCGCAGCGCGUCGGAUUACUCGCAGUCAGGUUUGCCUUCGCCCUAUCCUAGCAACUGCGGCGACAACCAGUCUGAGGCCCAAUCUGUGACCGUAGAUACCUCGUCUGCUGCGCAAUACAACGCAUCUGCGCAGCAAGAAGUGCGCUCAAACAACCCAGGCACCUACUCGGCCUCGGCGACACCCACGUCCGAGUACGGCGUAUACUCAGCUUCGGCGCGGUCGGGUUCCUUUCCGGACCACCUCCAACAGAGAUCAUACCACCCGGCUAGCAAUCAUAGUGGCAGCAGUGGAGGUAUGGCGCAAACACCAACAAGUCCGUCCGCAUCCCUGCCUCAGGAUGCACUUCAUCGCAGCCACCCGGCUGUCCAUCCGCGGGAUAUCAAGUCUGACACGGGAGGUGCACCCAUAGAUCCAUCUAUCGCCGCCCCUAGCCCAACGUAUGGGGCUCCCACCCAGUACUCGCCGUACGGGGCCCCUUCGCAGGACAUGUCGCACGGUUAUGCGCAUCCCGGUAGCAACCUGUAUGCCCAGCCUCGGCCCGACUGGUCGGGGUAUGGGCAGCAGCACGGCGCGCCUCUGACACCCGGUCAUCACGUCUUCCCACAAACGCCAACCUCGGCACCGCCUCAGGCGCGCCCUAACCAGGUGUACUCUUUUGUGCCAAUACCCGGCGCACAACAGCACAAACGCCCCAGGCGACGAUACGAAGAAAUUGAGCGCAUGUACAAGUGUGGAUGGCAAGGUUGUGAAAAAGCCUACGGUACAUUAAAUCAUUUAAACGCGCAUGUGACGAUGCAGUCGCAUGGUCAGAAGCGCACUCCUGAAGGCGAGUACUUUCACUUUUCAUUCAGAGUUGACCCCUCCCUUCAAAUUAUGGUUUUAACAGACCCAAGGUUUGACGUCAAAUGGUCGUCCACAUUACCUCCACCGGCUAGCGGCCGCAAGGAGUUCAAAGAGAUCCGUAAGGAAUGGAAGGCUCGCAAGAAGGAGGAAGAGGCUGCGCGUAAGGCGGACGAGGAGCGCCAACGCCAAGCAGCUCAAAGCCAAGGCGGUUCAACCGAAGGUCAGACUGGGUCGGAUGUAUCCCAAUCAUCGAACGGCUACGCGGGAGCCCGUGGCGCUGUGCAGUUGCCCCCAAUCGGCUACCAAGCGGGCCAGUAUCCAGCGGCAACGUCGACGUCGGUACAGCAACAGCCACUGCCUGACUACAACGCCAGCUACAUGCAAAGCUACCAGCCUGCCUCGCCGUACGGAGGGUCCAACCAGGCCAUGUAUAAUCAACGUUAG